AUGUUCGCGUCCCGCGCGCGAUGGCAGCGGUCAGCGCUGCUCUUCGCAGGCGGCGCACUAGCGGCCUUCAUCGCCAACCUCUCCUUCACCAUCUGGGCAACCACGCGGCCCGGCAGCAACAUCCGCGGCGGUGUGGGGGUGUUAUCUGAGGAAACGACGUGCACGCGGGCCAAGACAAUCAACACGGCGGUGCACGUGGCGAUCAACGUGCUGAGUACGGUGUUGUUGGCCGGGAGUAACUACUGCAUGCAGUGUCUGUCGGCGCCGACGAGGCGGCAGAUCGACGAGGCGCAUCGCGUGGGGCGAUGGGUGGAUGUGGGAGUGCAGAGUGUGAGGAACUUGGUGUUUGCCGUGUCGGGGCGGAAUGCGCUGUUGUGGGUGUUGUUGUCGCUGUCGUCGCUGCCGUUGCAUUUGUUUUACAACUCGGCCAUCUUUACCUCGCUCUCCACCAACGAAUACAACAUCACCGUGGUCCCCUCCACCUUCCUCGAACCCAACCGAGCCACCCUCCCAACCUACCUUCUUACCCCCCACCUCACCAACCUCUACGACGCCAUCCACACCGGCGUCCUCCACCGCCUCGACCUCCAGCUCUGCGUCGACACCUACUCCACCAACUUCCAGUCCUCCCACGGCGACCUCCUCAUCGUCACCUCCGCACCCACCACCGCCAACCACCACGCCAACGAAAACAUCACCAGCGCCUCCUCCUACCCGGCCACGUACGCCCUCGACAACCUCGGCUGCGGUAUCCGCCAGGCGUACCAGUGGAUGUGCUCGCAGGCGGGCGAUGCGGGAACGGUGUGUGCGGCGCCCUGUGAGGACUCGGUGGGGAAAUACCGGGCGGACCCGGCGAGCUGGACGCCGCUGGGGGUGCAGGAGGUUGGGGCGUGCUAUGCGCUGCCGACGCCGGAACGGUGUAAGUUGCUGUUUAGUCCGAUGUUGUGUUGGAUUGUGACGGCGUUGAAUUUGGUUAAGGCGGGGUUGAUGGUUGCGACGGCUUUUUGGGGGGCCGGGCAGGAUCGGUUGAUCUUGACGGUGGGUGAUGCCGUGGCGUCGUUUAUGGAGCAUCCGGACGAGGCGACGGUGGAUAUGUGUUUGGCGUCGAAGCAGGAUGUGAUUAAGAGCACCGGAUUUUGGUCCAAGGAGCCGAGGAAGAUUAGUUCUUGGAGGCGGUCCAAGUUUGCUGCGGCUAGUCCGACAAGGUGGAUGGUGUGUGUUUUACUGUAUAUCGUCGCCCUCAUCGCCUGCAUCUUCCUCUACGGCCUAGGCGUCAACAGCAUCGGCGGGGACAAAUCCUUCUCCUCGCUGAUGGCCCUCGGCCUGGCCCCCGUCAGCAGCAAGACGCUCAUGCAAGUCUUCGACCUCCGCGGCGGCGACGACAACCUCCUCAGCAACGUCGUCAUCGCCAACAGCCCGCAAGCCAUCCUCUCCAUGCUCUACUUCACCUACAACGGCCUCUUCACCUCCAUCUCCCUCGCCACCGAAUGGGAUAGCUACGCCACCCACCGCAAGGGCCUCCGCGUCUCGUCCAAACCGAUCCCCCAUCAACGAUCGACUUAUUUCCUCCAGCUGCCCUACCGGUAUUCUUUGCCUUUGCUGGUCACAUCGGGUCUGCUACACUGGCUCAUCUCCCAGAGCAUCUUCCUCGUCUUUGUCGAAAUCUACCGCGACUCCGUCGAAUCCAUCACCUCGGUAACCAACACAACCCGCCCUGUGGAUAAUUUCACAACCUGCGGCUGGUCCCCCGUCGGCGUGAUAACCGUCAUAGCCAUCGGUUUCGCAAUGGUUAUCCUCCUCCUCGGGUCUGGAACCCGUCGACUAAGCUCAACAAUGCCUGUCGCGGGGAGCUGUAGCGCAGCCAUCGCCGCAGCAUGCCAUCCUCCACCGUUGUCGAUGUCGUCAACAUCGUUUGAGGGGGGGAUGAGGGGGCAUUGUUCGUUUUCGGCGGGGGAGGUGGGGGUACCGAGACGGGGGGUUUGGUAUAGUUAG